AUGUCGAAGUCUGCAUCCCCGCCCGUCGGCGAGGAUGCGCUCUUGUAUGGGCAUAGCUCGCCUGCAAUGGCAUGGAUAGCUGCACAGGCGGGCCAAAGCCCCGAUCUUGGUCGUGCGAACUCGACGCGGCCCCGCGUUGUAUCCAGCGCGGCUGCAAACGGAGAGCGUCCACUGCCGCGCUUGCCCAACGGUGCAUCGCGUGAUAACAUUGCUGCUAUGCAGCUUGCCUCGAGAGCAUCGAAUGCAGUGCAAGAUGGCCAGGCGGCAAAGCCCGUUUCUGACACUGAGCGGGCGCAGGUACUGCGCAGUACGCCCGCUGCGCGCACUGCACGCGCCCCCAAGAUGCAGUACAAUGCUUGGCCAUCGCGUGCGGGCCAGCACGGCGCAGCGGUCUCCGUUUAUGGGUACGCUGGAUACGCUUGGGAACACCCGAUGAGUGUCGAAGAAGUUGCGACUGUCGCUGCGCGUGUGAUUGCGCAAAUUCGCACCCACGGUGUAGACUCCCCUCUCCUCCUUAGCAGCAUGGCGCCCGAUCUUUCUGCCACUGGCACUACCACGCUGAUUCAUGCCUUGCUCGCGACCUACAGCACCGACAAAGAAAUGGACCCUGCUGCAUCGCGCGCGUUUGAAGACGCUCUGCAGUUUGCAAACGUCUACGAGCUUGUCGCGCUCCUCAAGUGGGUCCUUGCGCGCAUUGGCUGUGUGGUUGCAGAAAGGCCUAUGCGCCCCACCGGCGUUCCUGCCCCGCCGCUGACCGACCUUGUCAUGGUCCAGGAGCGCGGUUUCCUUCCUUGGAAGCCGUACCUUGCCUGGCGCAAGCAGGAAAAAGAGCAAGGGUUUCCCACCAGUGCGUACAUGGCUUUCGCCAGCUCUUUGGAGCCGUCGCUAGCGCGUCUGCUGGACAUGCUUUUGGACUUUUUCGCCAUGGUCGCCGCACGCAGCAGCCACAAUGGCACACCGCCUUCCGUGAUUGGGCGCAUCUUUGGCGUGCUGUUGUUUGGCCUGCCAGAAGACGCCGAGUUCGAGGCUACCUACACGGCAUACAUUUGCGCGAGCAAUGCCGCCGAGCAUUUAAUCCUUGCAUUUAUGCGCUAUCACGCCUCGAUGGCCAGCACCGAAGCACAGUUGCCGCGCCGUCUCCUGAAACACAUCCGCAACUAUCCACAAAUGCUUCCUGCCGAGCUCAGCCAAAGCAGUGCAAAUGUGCACACCGUCUCUGUCGUUCCCAUAUCGCGCUUCACGCGCGAGUAUGCGCGCGACCUCCUCCUCGAGUCCACCCGCCGCCCGAGCCCUGCAUUGCUGUCGGUGCUUGGCGCACGCAGCGCUGCGCCGCUGGAAAUCACCCAGCGCAUGCGCAAGCUGCUAAAUGUAGACCGCGCGCUGGGCCGACAAGCGUUUGGCGACGAAGACGCGAGCGUCUCGAUGGAAGGCGACCAGACACGCAUGGAGAAGGUGCGGAGCAUGUACUGGACCAACUUUGAUCUGCAGGAUCUUGUGCCAGACCCAGACGAUAGUCGCAUGGACUGGGUCGCGCAAUACGACGAUGCCAUACUGGGCGAGGCGCAGCGCGAUCCGCAAGUCGUCGCGAAGCAGACUGGCGUUUUGCGCAGGAACGAUCCGCACGUCUUUAACAACAAGCCGCUUGCGUUCCCGUACGACACCGAGCCCGUCGUGUCCCAGGCAUUUGAGAUGGACGACAUCUUUCCGGAAGUAUGGGCCGAUUACCUGGUCGGCAACGGCUGGAGCAACCGCGACGAGGUAGUGCACCGCAACGCAAGCUUUGCCGUUCUUCAGCUCCGCGUGCGCCCCGCCAACUCGCCCGGAUUGCAGAUGCACGAUGCACUCGACGAUGCAGGCACUUGGUUUGUGUUUCAGGAGCAUGUGCCGCGCGCGUACCGCAAAGCGUUGGACACACAUGGACGCACCGUACGCCACUCGCUGCCCAUGCUACGCAAGCUGAAUCGUUUCCGCAUGGUCCGCGCUGGCCUCGCGCCCCCCUCGACCGUGUGCGUCGUGAAUCGCGCGGCGCAAGAAGCGGCGCCGACGGACGUACAAAACACGUUUGCGUCCCAACCAGCCCGCCCUUCUGCGCCUCUUGACGACGCAUCCGAAAACAAGCGAACGCUGCGCAGCGUCCUCACUGCGCCCCUCGAUGCGAUCCGGAGUGGCGGACAGGCAAAAGAAGCUCCUGCGCGCAGCAGCUGGACCCCUCUUUUUCAGCCCCUGCCCAAGUCGGACGUGCUUGAAAACGAUGCGCGCGACCAAACGCCGCAACCUGCGCCGGAAAGCGACUGGCUUAACAAACCCAAGGCGAUGGAUACACGCGAGACCGCAUCGCCAUUGAAAAUGGUGCCUGCGCCCGUCAAUGUUCGCACACCAGAAAUUGUGCCGCUCCAAGGCCACGGCACCGUUUCAGCGUCGCGCGCCGAGGCAGGCUCGGUAAAGGAUGUGGACUAUUUUGCCAGAGAUAUUGUCACCAUGCGCUCCCCGGCCGAAGCUGCGGAAAUGCAGGGUGGGCCGCGCGCGAGCACCGAAAAAAUUGUGCGCGUCAAUCCGACGACUGCUCCGGGACUGGGCGGUACAGGGGAGGCACCGGCCAAAGCGAUUUUGGACGAUGCACCGGCCUUGCCAGCACGCCCUGCUGCUCCGCUCGACCAUGCGCGGGCCGAUCUGGUGAUGACCAGCAAGGAUGUUUCGCAUGUACCGGCCACAGCGUCUGUUCCUGUGCGCAGUGUUCCUCCGAGCAAUGCCAAGCGCUUGUCGACUGCGACAAACGACGAGUUUGAGGAUGCGAUGGAUACGUUUGAGGAUGCACACACAGAGCUGUCGGACGAACCUGCGAUGGCGCGCGAUGCAGCGCCGUCCAGUGCUCUUCGGGCUGUGCCGUCUGUGCAGAGCCACAGGCGGCAGCUGGGUAUCCGACCGAGUUUGAGCAAGGCGGCGAUUCCAGGGCUUGCGCCUGUUGCCGUUGCGCCGAGCCGUGCAGGGCCUGUAAAGGCGCCGGCGGAGCAAGUGCCCGUGCCGUGGAGUGUGCAGCCGAAUGGGCAUCCUAUCCCAGUGCAGGUCUCGCAUACGCAGCGUGUCGAGGCGGCACGGACUGCCAGGGCCCGCGCAAGUAAAGCGGCGGCGCCGGCAGAGUUCGUCCAUGCUGCUCAACCUCCCCCGCGUAGCGAACCGCGCAUGGAUCGCCUUCCUUCCAGCCAACCGAUUGCGACAGAACAUGUCGAAGUGCCCACGCAAACGCCCAAGCGCCUCGGCCACCCAACCAAUCCUUUCCUUGCCCGCUCAGAGCGUACGCCAGUGGUAGCGGUCGAGCGCUCGCCCGUCGCGGCGCAGCGAACGAAUGUCGCACCGUUCGCCACGCCGGCAAGACCCAGUCCGCACGUACCAACCAUUCAGCCUGUUCCGCAAGGCACGCCGGUGCCUUCGCCCGAAAUGCCCGUCCAGCCUGCAUGGCACCCUGUACAGUCAUCCGACCAGCUACAGCACCCCGAGUGGAUUGCCGAACAGCAAGCCGAGCGCGAUGCCAUGAUGAGCCACGCGCGUUCUUCGACUGAACAUGGUAUGCGCCCAAUUGCCGCGCAAAGCGUCAAGCACAGUCCAAGUGAAGCGAGCCAAGCCGAACUGCGUGCUGGGCAAGGCAUUCUUGGCGGGAUCCGAUCGCGUGGCUCGAGCUGGAUUUUGAAAGGGAAAAAGAGUCUCCGUGCGUUGGGCUCGCCGCACAUCUCGCCAAAUAUGGUCGGUAUCUUUGACAGCGUGCCGGAUGCGCCUGGCGAGAUGCAAGUCUCGGAGCGCAGUGUGCCGCAAGAACAUGCGCCGUAUACUGCUUCGCCUCCUGCGCAUCCGCGACAGAGCCUUGGCGAAGCGCCAGCGUCGGUGCGUCCUCAAGUUGGUGUGCGCGAGCGCAGAGCUGUGCCGUCUUUGAAAGAUGUUGAAGGGCGGUCUAGAAAUGCGCUGUCGGAAAUGGAGACUGAACGGGAACAACCUCAACACGCGCAGGUGAAUAGUGCCACGCCAGAAAGUGCCUCUGUUGAGAAUGCGCCGAGCUCUUGUGCAACCGCAGGCCUUGGCAUCCAAAACACCGAGUGCGUUGUGCCGGUCGUUGCUAGCGCACCAUUGCAGCGCGACGUGAGUGCUUCGGCAGGCACAUUCCAAGAAACGUCCGCCCCACGCUCCAAACGCAUGACUCUGCCAGGCGGCAACACGUCGUUGGGCUUUAUGGGCGCGCCGGUGAAAAGCGCCGCUGCGUACGCUGUACCGACAAAUGCGCCCACGGCGCCAGUGCCAGUGCCAGUGUCGGCACCUACGCGCACAGACGUCCAACCCUCUAAAGCCCAUGCAUCCAUUCCCGCCAUUGCACGUCCUGUCGAUGGUGCCGCGCCGUCGCUUGGUGGAUUCCGUCCUGUGGUGUUUGGAAGCGCUGCGCCUACAUGGAAGUUGCCGUGGGAGCGCCAGAGCACGAGCGACUCGACGCGUGCUGGCGCUCCGACCAGACCUGCACGACAAACGGCAACGAUUCUCGAAGAGUCGGAGUCGAACAUCUCAACCGACGCACACGCCGGCGAGCCGCCUCGCGAAGCCAACGUGGUUGCAUGGAUCGACCAGCCCCCAUCCCCCGCGACCGCUGCCGCCCGCGCGCGCCUUCCACAGCCUGACCCUGCAUUUGCGCUUUCUCCUGCCACCAUUGCCGCCACCAAGUUUACUACCGAGCAGCGUUCGCCCGCUUCGGUUGCCGCGGCGCGCUUUGUACCUGACCAAGCCACAGAGACGGUCGCCGCGCCGCGCUUACAGAAACCCCUUGCUGCGCCCAUCUCUCCGCGUAUUAUGCACACCUUCACGUCGCCCAAACUGCGCCCAGCCGAGUCGGACCCGUCGUCAUCGCCCGAAGAAGACGCCGAGACGUCCGGCGAGCUGCUGUCAGCCAAGCCGGUGGUGUCACUGCACGCGGAUCAAUUCGCAUCGCCCGAGACCCCGCCCAUGCCGCUCAAGCACAUGCUGGCCGAUGAGUUGGCCGACGACGAAGCAGAGGAUAUGUUUUACCGCGCCGGCCUCUCGCUCCAAAACGUUUCCGUCUCGAUGGAUGCGCCUGCAGAGAAGAAUGUGCAGCCAUUGGCAUUUAACGGCGAGCAGCCCAUUACGGGUUACGUGACGGAUGCAGCGCAUCAGCGGCAAGCAUCCAUUCCACGCGAUCGGAGCUUCCGCCAAGGCCUCUCUGUCCUGGCAGGCAUCCCCAGGCAGGAAGCGGUGGCGGACUCUGGCAUGGACGCACCUACAUUGGAUACGCCUUUUGCCCCCCCCGCGUUUGAAGCGCCAGUGUCCCUCCCUGCGGCUACUCAAGCGCCGACGUCGUCUACGCCUGUGCAGGACGCGGCGCCGCGUAUGGCAGAUCCGGUGGAGCCCAUCGCCACUGAACCGCCCUUUUCUGCGCCGUUCGCCACGGCGCCGUAUCCCGACGAUGAUGGCUACGACUCUGACGAGGCAUUCUUCCGCCGCCCUGUAUUCCGCAGCACGGGAAACCGUACAGUGAGCACCGUAACGGUAAUUGACAAGGACGGCAAGCUCCGCGGGCCGACCACGCCCCAAAUGCAUUCCAGUGCGCUGGGUACUCCCGAGCAGCUGAUCAGCUCGCGUCACUCUAUGCUGUCCAAUACAAGCAUGGAGAGAGCCGAGGACAAGCAGGGCGACUACGCCACGCACGUCCCUGGUGGUUUUUGA